GAAUUGGCGAAUAAAUUUCCGAAUGCUGGCCAAGCAUUUCCACUAAAAAUUCCAAAAGUUGCGUCAACGUUUUGCUAGUGCAACGAGGCAAAACAAGUUGCCUGCAAUCCGGGAAAUCCACCGAGCGUUUUGUGGCAAAAUCCGAAAAUUAAAAGUUGGAAAAGAAGAAAAAUUCCCGUAAAAACGCGAAAAUUGCAUUUCUCCCCUUGACACACACACACACGAAGAGUUGUGUGUACGGAGGAAGCCUACGACGACGACACGGGAAUAUUAUGUGCUGAUAAAGAGAAGUGAAGAGAAAAAAAAACACAAAUUUUCCUUGAAUCAUCAAGUCAAGGCUGUUUGUUGUCAGCAGCAGCAUCCAAAAAUCGCGAAAAAAAGUGAACAAAAGUCACGAGAAACGAAAAUUCAGAGAAAAAAAAAUUGUGAAAGAAAAAAAAAAUAAUUGUUGCAAACUGUGUGUUGACAAAAUAAAAUAAAAUAAUUUCAAAAAACGACAAAAAAUCGUAAAAAAACAACAAAAUGACAAAGGAUAGAUUAGCAGCUUUGCAAGCGGCCCAGAGUGACGACGACGAUGUCGGGCCAGAUGAUGUUGCCGUCAAUGUCGAGGGCAAUCGUGACGGCUUCAUGGAUGACUUUUUCAAUGAAGUCGAGGAGAUACGGGAAAUGAUAGACAAGAUACAGGCAAAUGUCGAGGAAGUCAAGAAGAAACAUAGUGCCAUUUUGUCGGCACCACAAUCAGAUGAAAAAACGAAACAAGAACUCGAAGAUCUUAUGGCCGAUAUUAAAAAAACUGCCAAUAGAGUUAGGGGUAAACUUAAGGGCAUUGAACAAAACAUCGAACAAGAAGAACAAGCCAACAAAUCGAAUGCCGAUCUAAGAAUACGAAAAACACAACACUCAACUUUAUCGAGGAAAUUCGUCGAAGUUAUGACAGAAUAUAAUCGAACGCAAACGGAUUACAGAGAAAGAUGUAAAGGCAGGAUACAGCGACAACUGGAGAUCACCGGGAGAACGACAACAAAUGAGGAACUUGAAGAAAUGUUGGAACAGGGCAAUUCAGCAGUUUUCACUCAAGGCAUCAUAAUGGAAACACAACAAGCCAAACAAACGUUGGCUGAUAUCGAGGCACGACACGCCGACAUUAUAAAAUUGGAAAAUUCAAUUAGGGAAUUACACGAUAUGUUCAUGGAUAUGGCGAUGUUGGUCGAGAGUCAGGGUGAAAUGAUUGAUCGCAUCGAGUACCAUGUUGAGCACGCCAUGGAUUACGUUCAAACAGCGACGCAAGAUACAAAGAAAGCACUUAAAUAUCAAAGCAAAGCUCGUCGGAAGAAAGUUUUAAUCCUUAUUUGUCUGGUUGUAACAGCAGCUGCCCUCUUAAUUGGCUUAGCUGUUUAUUUGGGUGUUACUUUUACCUAAAAAUAGAGAGAGAGAAUGAAAAAAUUGACAGAAUUAAGUUUUUAAUCUAUUUGGUUUGUGGAACAGAAAAAGAUUCUUAUUUUGGCGUGCCUGAUUAUCUCCCUCAUUAUCUUGCUAAUUAUUUUGCUAGUAUAAAAAGAGAUGAAAAAAAAAUCAUAACAAUUGUACCCGAACAAACUGCCUCAGUGUAUGGUUCUAAGCGAUCUGUCUUGCAUCACGUCCCUAUAUCAAUUAAAUAAAUAUGAUUACCACAACAAUAACUUCCCGAAUCUACUAUUUUACGCCAAUUUUACAUUUACUUAAUUCUACUUGAUGAUUUUUGUAAAGAUUCAAAAUAUUCGUAAAUGAUGUUGUUAUUUAUUUAUGUUUAUUCUGUUAUUAAAGUAUAAAAAAAUUAUUAUUAUAGAAUUGUAUUAAUUUAAUAAUUAAUUAAUUAAUUAAAAUAACUUGCUAUUGAAUUCCUUCUAUCAUUUUUUUUUUGUUUAAAUUUAUUUUAUUAUAUUAUUAUUAUUAUAUAAAAAUUUAUAAAAAAAAUAAUAAAUUUCGAACAUUUUAUAAAAGCUUA